AUGGCUCAAUCUAUGUAUCCUAAUGAGCCUAUUGUCGUGGUCGGCAGUGGUUGUCGCUUCCCUGGUGACGCCAACACACCCUCGAAGCUCUGGGAGCUACUCCAGCAUCCUCGCGAUGUGCAGAGUCGAAUCCCCAAAGAACGAUUUGACGUCGACACAUUUUAUCACCCGGACGGGAAGCACCACGGGCGAACAAAUGCACCCUACGCCUAUGUCCUCCAAGACGAUCUGGGCGCCUUCGAUGCCGCCUUCUUCAAUAUCCAGGCUGGAGAGGCCGAGAGUAUGGACCCCCAGCACCGGCUGUUGCUGGAGACGGUGUACGAGGCCGUAACGAAUGCUGGAAUGCGUAUCCAGGAUCUGCAAGGAACUUCGACUGCUGUUUACGUCGGGGUGAUGACGCACGACUAUGAGACCGUCUCAACCCGCGACCUGGAGAACAUCCCCACCUACUCGGCGACGGGUGUCGCGGUCAGUGUUGCGUCUAACCGCAUCUCGUAUUUUUUUGACUGGCAUGGACCAAGUAUGACGAUCGAUACGGCAUGCAGCUCGUCGUUGGUUGCCGUUCAUCUGGCGGUGCAACAGCUACGGACGGGUCAAAGCUCCAUGGCAAUUGCUGCGGGUGCGAAUCUGAUUCUGGGGCCCAUGACAUUCGUCCUUGAAAGCAAAUUGAGCAUGCUAUCCCCCUCGGGUCGAUCCCGCAUGUGGGACGCCGGAGCUGACGGCUAUGCCAGAGGCGAAGCUGUUUGCUCUGUAGUGUUGAAGACAUUGAGUCAAGCCUUGCGCGAUGGGGACACGAUUGAAUGUGUCAUCCGAGAAACUGGGGUGAAUCAAGAUGGCCGAACGACGGGAAUCACGAUGCCGAACCAUAGUGCUCAGGAGGCACUCAUCAAGGCUACCUACGCCCAGGCUGGCCUCGACAUCACCAAGGCCGAGGACAGGUGCCAAUUCUUCGAGGCUCAUGGGACUGGUACCCCGGCCGGAGAUCCCCAGGAGGCGGAGGCCAUUGCAACAGCCUUCUUCGGCCACGAGCAGGUAGCACGCAGCGACGGAAACGAGAGGGCCCCUCUGUUCGUGGGCAGUGCGAAAACUGUUGUCGGUCACACCGAGGGCACGGCCGGUCUGGCUGGUCUCAUGAAGGCGUCGUUCGCUGUCCGCCAUGGGGUCAUCCCCCCCAACCUGCUGUUCGACAAAAUUAGCCCGCGAGUCGCCCCAUUCUAUAAAAACCUCAGGAUUCCGACAGAAGCUACCCAAUGGCCAGCUCUCCCGCCCGGACAACCGCGCCGCGCCAGUGUCAACUCCUUUGGAUUCGGCGGCACGAAUGCGCAUGCCAUUAUUGAGGAAUACAUGGAGCCAGAGCAAAACCAGCUGCGAGUCUCGAAUAAUGAGGACUGCCCACCCAUGACUGGUGUCCUGAGUUUACCCUUAGUCCUCUCGGCGAAGUCCCAGCGCUCCUUAAAGAUAAUGAUGGAGGAGAUGCUGCAAUUCCUUGAGACCCACCCCGAGAUACACUUGCACGACCUCACCUGGUCCUUACUGCGCAAGCGGUCAGUUCUACCCUUCCGCCGGGCUAUUGUCGGCCAUAGUCAUGAAACCAUCCGCCGGGCUCUGGAGGAUGCCAUCGAGGAUGGUAUUGUUUCGAGCGACUUCACUACGGAGGUCAGAGGCCAGCCAUCGGUGUUGGGAAUCUUCACCGGGCAGGGGGCGCAGUGGCCGGGGAUGUUAAAGAAUCUGAUAGAGGCAUCGCCAUAUGUGCGGAGCAUAGUGAGGGAGCUGGACGACUCCCUGCAGAGCUUGCCGGAAAAAUACCGCCCCUCGUGGACGCUACUGGACCAAUUCAUGCUAGAAGGAGAGGCCUCCAACGUCCAAUAUGCUAGUUUCUCCCAGCCAUUAUGCUGCGCGGUGCAAAUCGUUCUGGUCCGUCUCCUUGAAGCCGCGAGAAUCCGAUUCACAGCUGUUGUUGGACAUAGCUCGGGCGAAAUUGCUUGCGCCUUUGCUGCCGGGCUCAUCAGUGCCUCGGUGGCGAUUCGGAUUGCUUACUUACGUGGAGUCGUCUCGGCAGGGGGCGCCAGAGGCACACCGGGAGCCAUGUUGGCCGCCGGAAUGUCCUUUGAGGAAGCACAAGAGAUCUGCGAGUUGGAUGCCUUUGAGGGCCGCAUCUGCGUGGCUGCCAGCAAUUCCCCAGACAGUGUAACUUUCUCUGGCGACGCGAACGCAAUUGAUCACCUGAAGAGCAUGUUGGAGGAUGAAUCCACAUUUGCGAGACUGCUCAGGGUCGAUACAGCGUACCACUCGCAUCAUAUGCUUCCAUGUGCAGACCCAUAUAUGCAAGCCCUAGAAGAGUGUGGUUGUGCUGUUGCCGACGCAGGUUCCCCAGCCGGAAGUGUACCCUGGUAUUCGUCCGUGAACGCCGAGAACAGGCAAAUGGCAGCAAGAGACGUGACCGCCGAGUACUGGAAAGAUAACCUAGUGUCUCCGGUGCUAUUCUCCCACGCAGUGCAGCGGGCAGUCGUCACGCACAAGGCGCUGGAUAUCGGGAUUGAAGUGGGCUGUCACCCAGCUCUCAAGAGCCCAUGCGUCGCCACCAUCAAGGAUGUCCUAUCUGGGGUUGACCUGGCGUAUACAGGUUGUUUGGAGCGAGGAAAGAAUGAUCUCGAUACAUUCUCUCGAGCACUGGCAUAUCUCUGGGAAAGGUUUGGUGCCUCCAGUUUCGAUGCGGACGAGUUCAUGCGUGCAGUCGCGCCUGAUCGGCCCUGUAUGAGUGUGUCGAAACUCCUACCGGCCUAUCCAUGGGACCACUCUCGUCGCUACUGGGUGGAAUCCCGAGCAACUCGCCACCAUCUUCGAGGGCCCAAGCCCCAUCUUUUAUUAGGAAAGCUCUCCGAAUACAGCACUCCGCUAAGCUUCCAGUGGUUGAAUUUUGUGCGCCCACGAGACAUUGAAUGGCUUGAUGGACAUGCAUUGCAAGGGCAGACUGUCUUCCCUGCGGCCGGCUAUAUCGUCAUGGCAAUGGAAGCCGCCUUAAUGAUUGCUGGCACCCACGCAAAGCAGGUCCAGUUACUGGAGAUCCUGGAUAUGAGCAUUGACAAGGCAGUGAUAUUUGACGACGAAGACAGCUUGGUUGAGCUCAACCUGACAGCUGACGUGUCUCGCAACGCCGGCGAAGCAGGUUCGAUGACCAUAAGCUUCAAGAUCGAUUCCUGUCUAUCGAAGGAGGGUAACCUAUCCUUAUCAGCCAAGGGCCAACUCGCCCUAAUGAUAGGAGAUGUCAAUUCCAGGACGACUUCCGCUAGCGACCAGCACCAUCUUCCCCCGCCAGAAGAGGAACAUCCUCAUAUGAACCGUGUCAACAUCAAGGCUUUCUACCACGAGCUGGGACUGAUGGGGUACAACUACAGUAAGGAUUUCCGGCGUCUCCAUAACAUGCAACGAGCAGAUCUUCGAGCCAGCGGGACCAUAGACUUCAUUCCUCUGAUGGACGAGGGUAAUGGCUGUCCUCUCUUGCUGCAUCCUGCUUCCUUGGACGUCGCCUUCCAGACAGUCAUCGGCGCAUACUCCUCCCCAGGUGAUCGGCGUCUACGCUGUCUGUAUGUACCCACUCACGUUGAUCGCAUCACACUUGUCCCAUCCCUUUGCCUGGCAACGGCUGAGUCCGGAUGCGAGAAGGUUGCCUUCAAUACUAUCAAUACUUACGAUAAGGGAGACUACUUGAGCGGUGACAUUGCGGUGUUUGACGCGGAGCAGACCACUUUGUUCCAGGUUGAAAAUAUUACUUUUAAGCCCUUUUCACCCCCGGAUGCUUCAACUGACCAUGCGAUGUUUGCCCGAUGGAGCUGGGGUCCGUUGACUCCGGACUCGCUGCUGGAUAACCCGGAGUAUUGGGCCACCGCGCAGGACAAGGAGGCGAUUCCUAUUAUCGAACGCAUCGUCUAUUUCUAUAUCCGAUCGUUCCUCAAUCAGCUUACACUGGAAGAGCGUCAGAAGGCGGCCUUCCAUUUGCAAAAGCAGAUUGAGUGGCUUGAACAAGUCCUGGCCAGCGCCAAGGAGGGUCGUCACCUAUGGUACGACCCCGGGUGGGAGAAUGAUACUGAGGCCCAGAUUGAGCACCUUUGUACUGCUAACUCCUACCAUCCUCAUGUUCGCCUGGUUCAGCGAGUCGGCCAACACCUGCUCCCCACCGUAAGAUCGAACGGCAACCCAUUCGACCUUCUGGACCACGAUGGGCUCCUGACGGAGUUCUAUACCAACACACUCAGCUUCGGACCCGCACUACACUACGCCCGGGAAUUGGUGGCGCAGAUCGCCCAUCGCUAUCAGUCAAUGGAUAUUCUGGAGAUUGGAGCAGGGACCGGCGGCGCUACCAAGUACGUGUUGGCCACGCCCCAGCUGGGGUUCAACAGCUACACAUACACCGAUAUCUCUACCGGAUUCUUCGAGCAAGCGCGGGAGCAAUUUGCCCCCUUCGAGGACCGGAUGGUGUUUGAACCCCUCGAUAUCCGCCGCAGUCCCGCCGAGCAGGGCUUCGAGACGCAUGCCUAUGAUCUGAUCAUUGCCUCCAAUGUGCUACAUGCGACACCCGACCUAGAGAAAACCAUGGCUCACGCCCGCUCUCUGCUCAAGCCUGGAGGCCAGAUGGUUAUUCUAGAGAUUACCCACAAAGAACACACACGGCUCGGGUUUAUCUUUGGUCUGUUCGCCGACUGGUGGGCUGGGGUUGAUGAUGGUCGCUGCACUGAGCCGUUUGUCUCGUUCGACCGCUGGGAUGCGAUCCUAAAGCGUGUCGGGUUUUCCGGUGUGGACAGUCGCACCACGGAUCGGGACGCAAAUCUAUUCCCGACCUCUGUGUUUAGUACCCAUGCAAUUGACGCCACCGUGGAGUACUUAGACGCGCCGCUUGCCAGCAGCGGCACCGUCAAGGACUCUUACCCUCCUUUGGUGGUGGUAGGAGGGCAGACCCCAAAAUCUCAGCGUCUCCUGAACGAUAUAAAAGCGAUCAUGCCUCCUCGUCCGCUCCAGACAUACAAGCGCCUCGUGGAUUUGCUAGACGCAGAGGAGCUGCCGAUGAAGUCCACGUUUGUCAUGCUCACGGAGCUAGACGAGGAAUUAUUCGCCGGGCUCACUGAAGAGACCUUCGAGGCAACCAAGCUGCUACUCACGUACUCCAGCAAUACGGUCUGGCUAACAGAAAAUGCCUGGGUCCAACAUCCUCACCAGGCGAGCACGAUCGGCAUGCUACGCUCCAUCCGCCGGGAGCAUCCUGACUUGGGAGUUCAUGUUCUGGACGUCGACGCGGUUGAAACCUUCGAUGCAACCUUCCUGGUUGAACAGGUGCUUCGGCUUGAGGAGCAUACGGAUGAGCUGGCCAGUUCAACUACAUGGACUCAAGAACCCGAGGUCUCCUGGUGUAAAGGCCGCCCGUGGAUUCCUCGUCUGAAGCGCGAUCUGGCUCGCAAUAACCGAAUGAACUCCUCGCGCCGUCCCAUAUACGAGAUGAUCGAUUCGUCGCGGGCUCCUGUGGCAUUACAGACGGCUCCGGAUUCAUCAUCCUACUUCUUGGAGUCCGCUGAAACCUGGUUUGUGCCUGAGAGUGUUCGGCAGAUGGAGACAAAGACGGUCUAUGUCCACUUUAGCUGUCCCCAUGCGCUUAGGGUCGGACAGCUCGGGUUUUUCUAUCUUGUGCAGGGUCACGUCCAGGAGGGCAAUCGCGAAGUGCCCGUCGUGGCCUUAGCAGAGCGUAACGCAUCCAUUGUGCACGUUCGUCCCGAUUAUAUAUAUACUGAGGCAGAUAACAAUCUGUCCGAGGGUGGUGGCAGCCUUAUUGUAACCGUCCUCGCCGCGGCGGUGUUGGCGGAGACGGUGAUCAGUACCGCCAAGAGCCUGGGGGUAACUGACUCAAUCCUCGUUCUGAAUCCCCCCAGCAUAUGUGGGCAGAUGUUGCUUCAUGCUGGCGAAGAGAUCGGUCUUCAAGUCCAUCUGGCCACCACUUCUGGCAACAGGAGUUCGGUUUCUGCUGGAGACGCCAAGUCCUGGCUAACAUUGCAUGCUCGCGACACGGACUGGCACCUGCGACGGGUUCUGCCCCGGGGUGUCCAGGCUUUUGUCGACUUAUCAGCCGACCAGAGCUGUGAAUGUUUGACUCAGAGGAUGAUGAAAGUUCUGAUGCCUGGCUGUGCCCAUUACCGUGCGGCAGACCUGUUCACAGACACCGUUUCCACUGAAUUGCAUCGCGGAUUGCGGCAUCAAGCUUCACUGCCCGCCGCAUAUUGGGAGCAUGUGGUAUCUUUAGCCCGCCAGGGACUUUCUAGUGUCAGCGAGGGGUGGGAGGUGAUGCCGUGCACUCAAUUUGCAGCGCAUGCCGACAAGACGCGCCCGGAUCUCUCGACAGUUAUUUCCUGGCCCCGGGAGUCGGACAAGGCGACGCUUCCUACCAGGGUUCGCUCCAUUGACGCUGAGACACUCUUUGCGGCCGACAAAACAUAUCUCCUGGUCGGACUGACUGGAGAUCUUGGACGAUCACUAGGUCGUUGGAUGGUCCAGCAUGGGGCCUGCCACAUUGUACUUACGAGCAGAAAUCCGCAGGUGAACCCCAAGUGGCUGGCGCAUGUUGAAGAACUGGGUGGUCGAGUCACUGUUCUUUCCAUGGACGUGACAAGCGAAAACUCAGUGGAUGCUGGCCUGGCUAAAAUCAAGGAUCUGCAUCUGCCACCAGUGGGGGGUAUUGCCUUUGGCCCUCUGGUUCUGCAGGAUGUGAUGCUAAAGAAUAUGGAACUGCCAAUGAUGGAGAUGGUGCUCAACCCCAAGGUCGAAGGCGUCCGCAUCUUGCACGAGAAGUUCUCCGAUCCGACCAGUAGCAACCCUCUCGACUUCUUCGUGAUGUUCUCCUCGAUUGUGGCCGUCAUGGGCAACCCGGGUCAGGCUAACUACAGUGCCGCUAACUGCUACCUUCAAGCGCUGGCGCAGCAGCGAGUUGCAUCCGGAUUAGCAGCGUCCACCAUCGACAUCGGUGCCGUGUACGGCGUUGGGUUCGUCACUCGGGCGGAGCUGGAGGAGGACUUUAAUGCAAUUCGGUUCAUGUUCGAUUCGGUUGAGGAACAUGAGCUGCACACACUGUUUGCUGAGGCAGUGGUGGCCGGUCGACGAGCCGUGCACCAGCAAGAGCAGCAGCGGAAAUUCGCGACAGUGCUCGACAUGGCUGAUCUGGAACUGACAACCGGAAUUCCGCCCCUGGAUCCAGCCCUCAAAGAUCGGAUCACCUUCUUCGACGACCCCCGCAUAGGCAACUUAAAAAUUCCGGAGUACCGAGGGGCCAAAGCAGGCGAAGGGGCAGCCGGCUCCAAGGGCUCGGUCAAAGAACAGCUCUUGCAGGCGACGAACCUGGACCAGGGGGUGGACUCUCUGGGUGCGGUCACCGUGGGAACCUGGUUCUCCAAGCAGCUGUACCUUGAUUUGCCACUCCUGAAAGUGCUUGGAGGUGCUUCGAUCGCCGAUCUCGCUGAUGAGGCUGCUGCGCGACUGCCACCUAGCUCCAUUCCCCUCGUCGCAGCCACCGAUGGGGGUGCAGAGAGCACUGACAAUACUUCCGAGAAUGAAGUUUCGGGACGCGAGGAUACUGACCUUAGUGCCGCCGCCACCAUCACUGAGCCCUCUUCUGCCGACGAAGACGAUACAGAGCCGGGAGACGAGGACGUCCCGCGUUCCCACCAUCCACUGUCUCUCGGCCAAGAAUACUCCUGGAGAAUCCAGCAGGGAGCCGAAGACCCUACCGUCUUUAACAACACCAUUGGUAUGUUCAUGAAGGGCCCUAUUGACCUUAAACGGCUAUACAAGGCGUUGAGGGCGGUCUUGCGCCGCCACGAGAUCUUCCGCACGGGGUUUGCCAACGUGGAUGAGAACGGGAUGGCCCAGCUGGUGUUUGGUCAAACCAAAAACAAAGUCCAGACCAUCCAAGUGUCUGACCGAGCCGGCGCCGAAGAGGGCUACCGACAACUGGUGCAGACACGGUAUAACCCUGCCGCAGGAGACACCUUGCGGCUGGUGGACUUUUUCUGGGGCCAGGACGACCAUCUGCUGGUUGUGGCUUACCACCGACUCGUCGGGGAUGGAUCUACUACAGAGAACAUCUUCGUCGAAGCGGGCCAGCUCUACGACGGCAGGUCGUUAAGUCCACGUGUCCCUCAGUUUGCGGACCUGGCGGCACGGCAACGCGCAAUGCUCGAGGAUGGGAGAAUGGAGGAGGAUCUCGCGUACUGGAAGGAAAUGCAUCAGCGACCGUCCUCAAUUCCAGUGCUCCCACUGAUGCGGCCCCUGGUAGGUAACAGUAGUACGUCCAAUACUCCCAAUUUCCAGCACUGUGGUUCCUGGCAGCAGCACGAAGCCGUGGCGCGACUUGAUCCGAUGGUGGCCUUCCGCAUCAAGGAGCGCAGUCGCAAGCACAAGGCGACGCCGAUGCAGUUCUAUCUGGCGGCGUAUCAGGUGCUGUUGGCGCGCCUCACCGACAGCACCGAUCUCACCGUCGGCCUCGCCGACACCAACCGUGCGACUGUCGACGAGAUGGCGGCCAUGGGGUUCUUCGCCAACCUCCUUCCCCUGCGCUUCCGGGAUUUCCGCCCCCAUAUCACGUUUGGCGAGCACCUUAUCGCCACCCGUGACCUGGUGCGCGAGGCCCUGCAGCACGCCCGCGUACCCUACGGAGUCCUCCUCGAUCAACUGGGGCUGGAGGUCCCGGUCCCGACCAGCAAUCAACCUGCGCCUUUGCUCCAGGCCGUCUUCGAUUACAAGCAGGGCCAGGCGGAAAGUGGAACGAUCGGGGGUGCCAAGAUUACCGAGGUGAUUGCCACGCGCGAGCGCACCCCUUACGAUGUAGUGCUGGAGAUGUCGGAUGAUCCCACCAAGGAUCCGCUGCUCACGGCCAAGUUACAGAGCUCCCGCUACGAAGCUCAUCACCCCCAAGCCUUCUUGGAGAGCUACAUGUCUCUUCUCUCUAUGUUCUCGAUGAAUCCCGCCCUGAAGCUGGCAUGA